AAAUGGAGUUAACUUGUAGUACUAACCCCACCCCCACCUCCACCAAAACCCCAGAUUCAGAAGUUGAUACCCCACCUUUAAUUAAGCCUUUAUCUUUCAGCAACGGCAAUAAUCACCACAACCAUCACCACCAACCGCCGCCGUGCUCGGCAGUGAUUUACAAAGAAUGUUUGAAGAAUCAUGCAGCAAGUUUAGGCGGACACGCCGUAGACGGUUGCGGUGAGUUUAUGCCUUCGCCGGAAUCCACCCCAUCAGAUCCCAUUUCACUAAAAUGCGCCGCUUGUGGUUGCCACCGCAACUUCCACCGCCGUGAACCGUCGGAUGAUUCAUCACCGCCGGCCCACUUCAUCGAUUUCCGCCACCAUAUUUUCCCCCAAAUUAAGCGAUUUUCUCCCUCUCCGUCACCGUCUCUGUCCCUUUCUCCGCCGCCGCUGCCGUCACUGUUCCAGCCCCAACCCGUUACUCCUACAGGUUUAAAAUCAGAGAACCCAAAUGGUAGAAAGCGAUUUAGGACCAAAUUUACAGCAGAACAGAAAGAGAAAAUGCGUUCGUUUUCGGAGAAAUUGGGUUGGAAAUUGCAGAAAUGUGAUGAAACUGCUGUUGAUGAAUUUUGCAAUGAAAUUGGAGUUGGAAAAAGUGUUCUUAGAGUUUGGAUGCACAAUAACAAAAACACUAUUGGUAAAAAAGAUUACCAAAUUUCGAAUAACAGUAGUAGAGAUCAUAGCUUCGAGAACAAAAAUGGAUUCAAUAUCAAUGGCACCGCAAGCAGCAAUGAAGAAGAAGAUCAUCACAAAAGUAAUAACAAUGAUAAUAGUACUACUAGUAAUUGUGAGCUUCAUCUUCAUAUUUCCACUAAUGGGUCUUCUUCUUCAUCCUAAUUUUAGUCAUUUUAUAAUUUGUUCUCUCUAGCAACAACAAUGAAAUAAUAAGGAUAUAUUAGAAGGUAAAUGUAACUCUCUUUUCUAAAUUUUAUUA